CGGCGCAGUUAGUCUCACCGGAGCGUUUGACGCAGGAAGAUGAAUUCUCGGGUCGGCAGCUUCUUUCAGCGUUGGUGCCCAGUUCGCUGUUGACUCUAGCGCGGAAAACACGAAACUGGCCGGAUCGCGUGAUAAAACAUAGCCAGCACGCAAAAAAAAGCGUAACACUAUCCCUCCAGUGAGAUUAACAGUGCUAAACAAUUCUACAAUAUUGACCUUCCCUAGUUUCCCGGACCUUCGCUUCCCCACAUCGCUCCCCACAUACCGGUGUUCUCUAUUCGUUGACUCAAGUGUAGUGAAGCUGCGAGAUGUAUGCGCACAUCAUCCCCAUUACGAAACAUCUCUACGGCACGUCUCGUGAAACGGCAUUUUAGUACUGGAAAUCCAAUUUCCCACCCCCACCCUCCCGUUCCAGUUAUCAUCCUUCCUGGGACGAACUGCUCCAGUCUGCUCUAGUUCGUGUUCGCCAGUGAUCGCCCAGAAUUGUGGCUCUAGUGCAAGUGUGUGUUCCAUGUGUUUGUGUGUGUGUGUGAGGCUGUGUUUUGGAAGGAAAAAUCAGUGCCGAACAUGGUGGCCCGGAUGUUCCGGAUCCGGCUGCAUCUAGAAGUGGAGCGCAAAGUGUACUGAUGUGCGACGUUCGUGUUGGUGCGCACCGAUUGCGAAAUAGAAAAAAUUAGCAUGCCGCGUGUGUUGGUGUGCGCGUAGUUUUACCAGUUCGAUUACGUGCUGUGCGCAAUUGGUUUUGCUGCGUAGUUGUACAGAGAAUAGUGAGGGAGAGAGAGAGAAGUGAAGUUGGUGGUGUAAAACAGCAUAAAAUAUAAUCGCAUAUCGCACAUCGCUGGCGAGCUUUGUGUGUUGUGUGCCGGUUUUGUUUUGUCUUGGGAGAAGAGGAGCAUUGGAGCAGCAAGAUGCCUGCCGGUUUUAGAUCAAACGGACAUAUACCACAUCCUGGAAAUGGACACAUUAGUGAGUUCACUGCCACGGACAAGUAUUACACAAACGGUGUUGGGCCGAAGCUACGGGGCUGGACCAAUGGCGGUAUGCAGGAUCAUCAGUCAACACUGUCCCGACCCCGAUCGGCCGAGGUCAUCACGGCGAACGGUAACGGCACGCUACCGAACGGACGUCACAUGAACGGAGUUCUCACCCGAGGCCCUGGAGGACUGCACGAAGACCUGGAGUUCCCUCCAACGCCACGAACACUGUCCAAGAAGAAACAAAUCGUCUGGAUGCGACCUCACGAUAUGUGUGCAAGACCUCAGUUUCGCAUUGCUCCACCGGGAACACCACUCACCGCUCGAGAACUCCCCGAACCAGUGGGACCCGGUGACCCUAGCUUACUGGCGGCGCUUGGAUGCUUAUCGCAACUGCCCAGACUUCUGGAGCGUGUCGUCCCACCGGAACAAACCUUCGACACGGCCAACGGAUACUGUGGAAUGUUCAAAUUCCGCUUCUGGCAGUGGGGCAAAUGGAUAGAGGUGCGAGUUGAUGACCGGCUGCCCACUCGUGGAGACCGUCCAGCACACAUGCACUGCGCCCAGCCAGACAUCUUCUGGGCGGCUCUGUUGGAGAAAGCAUACGCCAAAUUGUAUGGAGGAUAUACCUUCUUGAAGUACGGAACAGUGGGACGAGCCCUCCAGGAUCUAACGGGAGCAGUCGUCCAGAGUGUGCCUCCCAGUGGACCUCUGUUAGGUGGAGCUGUGCCCAGAUCUACGCUCUUGAUCGCCAUUAGUGGACUGGAAAAGGAGACCAAAAGACGACGCUCAGGAUUGCUGACGGAACACCCGUACUGCGUAACCGGACUUGCCCGAGUGAGAGCCAACUCGAACGACUCUGUCACACACAGCGGCAGUGGCUCUUCGGGUGGUGAUACAAGCCUCAUUCGACUGCGCAGUCCCUGGAUCGGUGGCGAAUGGGGUGGUGUUUGGUGUGGAGCUUGGUCCGAACGAAGCUGGGAAUGGAACGCUCUAAACGAGCGUGAUCGAGAACUGCUCUCCUCGCGCUCUUCCAAUGACUGUGAGUUCUGGAUGUCGGUGAACGAGUUUCUAACGCGCUUCGUCGUCAUCUGGCUGGCACACAUCGGACCGGACGAUUGGGCACUCGAGCCGGGACUGCACACACGCGCCCCCUGGCGAGCAGCACUUGCCGUACGACAAUGGCGCGCCGGCUUUAAUGCCGGAGGUCCACACAAGUUCAUCGAGACGACCGCCACCAACCCUCAGUUUCGCAUCCGAGUUCCUCCGGGCCAUCCGUCCAAGGCGCAUGUCGUUGUGGCCGUGGCACAGAAGUACGAAUGCUACCGUAGCCGGAACUACGAGGAUGAGGAGAUCGGAUUCACCAUCUACGAGGUACCGCCAGGGAUGCAGCGUGUUACACCACAGUACGUGAGCGAGCAGAUGCCGCUAGACUUUGCGCCACUGUCGAAUCUACGCGAGAUCGCAACGUUCUUCGCGCUGCCGGCGGGUGACUUUGUGGUGAUGCCACACGCGGCACAACAUCGCGAGGGUAGGUUCCUGCUGCGAAUUUUCGCCGAUCAGCACACGGACGUAUGGGAGGUGAAUGAGGAGAAUCUGGUGAUACACAACAUUGCGGCGGAGUUUUGUGACGAGCGUACGAUCGAUGCUGUAAGUGGUUGUUCCAACGUGCGAAUCCUCUACAAACUACGCGCCCGCUAUCCUCACGAAAUAGACGCCACUCAGCUGCAAGCCAUCCUGAAAGCGCACGGCGGUAACAAUCGAGGAUUCCGAGGACUCGGAGGCAUCAACUGUGGCCCAUCGUUGGAGCUCUGCCGCGGAAUGCUAGCGUUGCGGGAUCCAGCUCUCGGAGGACGGCUUUCCAUCGAGCAUGUGCCGGCGCUGAUCGGCUUGAUGCGAUUCUGGAAGGCCGCAUUUCGACGCUGUGGCCCUUCCUCUUCCGGUACGGCCACGCUCAGUCGAGGGAUCUGGGCGUCGAAGGUGUCUUCCUACUGCCUGCGUGGGUUGCUGUGGGCUGGCGGAGCAACGGCGAGUAAUAAAGUGCUCGAAGCGCUUGUUAGUCGAUUCACCCGAAGCAGGCAGAUAACGUUGGAGGGAUACCUUCUAUCAAUGGCACGAUUGCAUUUGGCUCACGAGCGCUACCACAGUCUGGAUGCCAAAGCAAAGGCGAGCCCACUAUCGUUGGAAGAGAUGAUUCUAAUGACAAUCUACUCGUGAGCUUCUCAAUCCAAUCCGCAAAACAACGUGAAAAGAAAAUCAAAAAGUCGACUUUAAAAAAACAUCCUCAUCACCAAAGAGACACGCACCUGGAAGGACGCAUCCGGAUCAUAACCAAUCGUUUAUUGUUUUUUGUUUGGUGUACAUGAAUGCUGGCGUGGCAGGAACGUUGUAUGUAGUAUGUGAGUGUAAAAUUGAUCAAAACACCCCCAUGAGAUCAUCAGCAAAUAGUAGAACAAUUAUGCAAAACAAAAAACGCAAAUAGCAAAUAGUAAGAGCAGCAGCGUGGCCAAAACCGAAGCAACAAUCAUCCAACAUGAAAUGCAAUAUUAAGUUAAAUAGACUGAUAAUUAAAUAAAUGAAUAUUUAUGAAACUCGUUACAUGAUAGAAAUA